AUGUCCGAACAGACCUUUCAUGCCACUCGUCAGGAUCUGCGUAAAGCAGAAUCUCGAGCCGCUCAGCAGCACGGCGGAUCAAACCCUGCCGAUUCAGACGUUUCUAUCAUGAAGUCUAUAAUCGACCAGAAUACAGAUAAGACCAAGCAAAUCGAUGAAACAAAGGCCAACCUUCCUUUGCCCAAUCAGCCACCAGUGGCCAGUGACUGGAACUCCCUUGAUCAGAGAACUGUCAACGUCGGUUCCGGUGGUGUAGAUGGUCCGAUAAAUGCCGAAAUGGACACUGGUCUCCGUGGACCAGCGACGGCAGGAAGCAGUGUUCGUAUUGACGGGGCUGAAUUGCAUCGACCCACUGCACCAGGCAAGAACGUUGGUCGCCAAGGGGUUGAAGGUCUGGACCAUCUUCCCUCGGAUGCUACGACACACUAA